AUGGAGAACGGCACCAAACUGGACAGUCCCACUAACAUCUCCUUGGCCAACAAGGACGUCGUUUCCACCAUGAUCGAGUACAAAGCCAUCUCUGUGUUUCUUGUGCUGUUGAUUUGUGGCGUUGGUAUAAUCGGGAACAUUAUGGUGGUCCUGGUGGUCUUCAUAACUCGGGACAUGAGAACCCCCACCAACUGUUAUCUGGUCAGCCUGGCAGUGGCUGACUUGAUGGUCCUGGUGGCAGCUGGACUGCCCAAUGUAUCAGACAGCCUGGCGGGAACAUGGAUAUACGGGCACGCUGGAUGUCUCGGGAUAACCUACUUCCAGUAUUUAGGGAUCAACGCCUCCUCCUGCUCCAUCACGGCCUUCACCGUUGAAAGGUACAUUGCCAUUUGCCACCCUAUGAAAGCGCAGACAGUGUGCACGGUGUCCCGCGCCAAGCGCAUCAUCGCCGUCGUCUGGGUCUUCACCUGCAUUUACUGCAUGCUGUGGUUCUUCCUCGUGGACAUUCAAGUGAACAGGAACCAGCAUGUGGAAUGCGGCUACAAAGUCUCCCGCAACCUCUACCUGCCCAUUUACUUCACCGACUUUGCCAUCUUUUACGUGAUCCCGCUGUUCGUGGCCACCAUCUUGUAUGGGCUGAUUGGUCGCAUCCUGUUUCUCAGUCCAAUCCCCAGUCACCCUGAGAGCGGCACGGAGAGAUGGAGGGAGAAAAGCAGCAAGGAAAAAAACGGGGCUGAAUCCGACAGCAACAGGAUGAAUAACCGAAACCGACCUAAGGGGGCGCUAUCCUCCAGGAAACAGGUUACUAAGAUGUUGGCGGUGGUGGUCGUUCUCUUUGCUCUUCUCUGGAUGCCCUAUCGGACUUUAGUUCUAGUGAACUCUUUUGUGGAGAAUCCAUACUUGGACCCCUGGUUCCUUCUGUUCUGUCGCAUCUGUGUUUAUGCCAACAGUGCCAUCAACCCUGUCAUCUACAACCUCAUGUCUCAGAAGUUCCGCACAGCUUUCAAAAGGUUGUGUAAGUGUGGCCAGGUGGAGACCCAGAGGAGAAACACGUACAUGGCCACCACCAACUACAGCAUGGUUCGGGAUCCCAGCAAUGCCAGGCCUGAGAAGAAGGAAAUGCCACCACAAGAGAACCCAACCAUUGUACCCAAACAAUCCGACAAGCCGAAGGUGGAAGGGGAAUUAUAUUACAGCGUUGUCUAAACUCACCGUUUGCUCUAAACUCCAUACUACCAGCAAAGGUGAAGAUCUACUGUAGGUACAAAAAGCCACUGGUGACUAUAGAACCUCAGGGGCGGGGACUCUCAGAGCAGACAAGAAGAGCCAGGAUUCUGAACCCCCUGAGAGUCCUGACAAUGUGUGCAGCCCAUCUUCAUGUGAAAGAACAUUGUCAUAGCGACACAAACAUGGCUUCAAUAUUACCUUGCUUCAGAGCUGUAGAUUAGGUCUUAAAAUUGGCCCUGUGUGGCCCCAGGUCCC